GACAUUGAUGGGUUCCGAUUCCCAUCUCAUCAGCUCAGCAAUGGCCUGUAUGUAUCAGGAAGGCCAGAGCAGCCAAAAGAAAGAACUCCAACUAUGAGCUCAACUGCCAUGCCUUACACAGGUGGUGAUAUCAAGAAAUCAGGAGAACUUGGGAAAAUGUUUGAUAUCCCUACUGAUGGCUCUAAAUCAAGGAAAUCAGGUCCUAUAACCGGUCCUCCUUCGAGGACUGGAUCCUUUGCUGGUUCUGCCUCACAUUCUGGGCCAAUCACCAAUGCUGCAGCUAGGGCCAGCUACUCCACAUCAGGUCCCGUAACUUCAGCUGGCUUUUCUAGUUCAUCUUCUGUCAAGAAGUCAAACUCUGGACCAUUGAAUAAGCAUGGUGAGCCCAUAAAGAAGUCUUCUGGUCCGCAAUCUGGCGGGGUAACACCUGUCACUCGCCAAAACUCGGGACCUCUUGCUCCGGUUCUCCCAGCAACAGGUCUCAUUACCUCUGGUCCUGUAUCUUCUGGUCCACUAAACUCAUCUGGAGCUCCAAGGAAGGUUUCUGGUCCUCUGGACUCAAUGGGUUCAGUCAAAGUUCAUGGUUCCUCUUUUGCACACAACCAGGCUGUGACAAAUCUUAGCCAAUGCGAGGAUUAUUCUUUCAAUAAGAACAUCCCUAAGCUAAUCCUAUGGGCAAUUAUUCUUCUAUUUGUGAUGGGUUUCAUUGCAGGUGGAUUCAUUCUUGGUGCAGUCCACAAUGCUAUUCUUCUCACUGUUGUUGUGGUUUUAUUUGCUAUUGUUGCUGCAUUAUUCACUUGGAAUGCUUGCUGGGGGAGAAAGGCUAUUAUAGGUUUCAUUGCCCAUUAUCCAGAUGCUGAGCUCCGAACAGCAAAAAAUGGGCAAUUUGUGAAAGUCUCUGGGGUGGUAACAUGUGGAAAUGUGCCCCUCGAGUCAUCCUUUCAGAAAGUCCCAAGAUGUGUCUAUACAUCUACAAGCUUAUAUGAGUAUCGAGGGUGGGAUACAAAAGCUGCCAACCCAACACAUCGUCGUUUUACAUGGGGUCUUAGAUCAUCAGAGAGGCAUGUGGUAGACUUUUACAUCUCUGAUUUCCAGUCGGGGUUGAGAGCAUUGGUUAAGACUGGCUAUGGUGCCAGAGUUACGCCUUAUGUGGAGGAAUCGAUUGUAGUUGAUGUCAACCCUUUGAAUAAAGAUUUGUCUCCAGAAUUCAUGAGGUGGUUGGGAGAGAGGAAUCUUUCAAGUGAUGAUAGAGUAAUGCGACUGAAAGAAGGGUACAUAAAAGAGGGAAGCACAGUGAGCGUGAUGGGAGUGGUUCAGAGGAACGAUAAUGUGCUUAUGAUUGUCCCCCCACCAGAACCGUUGACCACAGGAUGCCAAUGGGUCAAAUGUAUCCUCCCUGCUAGCCUCGAGGGUAUUGUGUUGAGAUGUGAGGAUGCAUUAAAGAUUGAUGUUAUACCAGUGUAA